AAAGAGAAGAAGCUGGUUGUUGUGUUUUUUUUUUUUCCUUUUAUUUUCUUUCGGGGUUUUUUUUCUUUUUUCUUUUUUCUUUUUUAACAAACGCACAAGUAGGUAGGCAAGUGAGAUGCUGUUAGGCAGCUGACUCACCCUUUCCCCCUCGUUCUUUUGUCAACGACGGCAGGAGGGAAACCCGGAGCGGUGGCACGGAGCCGCACAGUGACGCACUGACACCGCCGCUUCAGACGAGGGGACGAUGGGCUCCGCGUCGUCCGCCUACCGGGUCAUCUACCUGGACGUGGACGGCAGGAUUCAGAAGGUGGUGUUCAGUAGAUUCUGCAGCCCGUGUGACAUUAAGGAACUUCUCUGUACAGCGCUGGGUGUGCCAAGGAACACCAGUCUGUCCCUACUGGAUUCGUCCGGAGCCAUAGUGUCCAUCGACCCGACCAUGCCGCACAACACAGAGAGGUCGCCGUAUCGAGUGGUGCCUAUGACCAGCGGACAACUUGCUGAUAAAGAGGAACUCUUUCAGAAUGUACUGACGCAAGUGGCAGAGCAGUUUUCAAGGGCUUUUAAGAUCAACGAGCUGAAGACUGAAGUCACCAACCGCCUCGCCAUGUUGGAAAAGAGAGUAGAACUGGAGGGCAUGAAGGUGGUGGAGAUUGAGAAAUGCCGCAACGACAUCAAGAAGCUCCGCGAGGAGAUGGCGUCCAGAAACAACAGUAAUUUUCUGGAAGACAAUAAGAAGCUGACUCCUCGCAGAGACGUUCCCUCCUAUCCCAAGUACCAUCUGUCAAAGGAGACAGUAGAAGCUCUUAGACUGCCUACAUUUGAUGCUUGGCAGUGGGAGCCCAACGAGGUGUUAUUAAUUGUUGCCUGUCUUAAUACUCGUGCUGGACCGGAACAGCUACAAUGGAAUAUGCUAAGCUGUCUGGAACACAUGUACCAUGACUUGGGCUUGGUCAAAGACUUCAAUAUCAACCCCAUCACACUCAAGAGAUGGCUGCUGUGUAUUCAUGACAACUACAAGAAUAACCCCUUCCACAACUUCCGCCACUGUUUCUGUGUCACCCAGAUGAUGUACAGCAUGAUCUGCAUCUGCAACCUACAGGAGAAGUUCACUCAGGUGGACAUUCUGAUUCUCAUGACAGCUGCUGUGUGUCACGACCUCGAUCACCCCGGCUUCAACAACACGUAUCAAAUCAAUGCCAGGACGGAGCUGGCCGUUCGCUACAAUGACAUCUCCCCUCUGGAGAACCACCACUGUGCUGUGGCCUUCCAGAUCUUCUCACAGCCUGACUGCAACAUCUUCUCUAACUUUGACCCUGAGGCCUUCAAACAGAUACGACAGGGAACCAUCACGCUCAUCCUGGCCACAGACAUGGCUCGGCACGGGGAGAUCCUGGACUCGUUCAAGCAAAAAGUCGACAACUUUGAUUACGCCGAUGAGGAGCACGUCACCUGUCUGAAGAUGGUGCUUAUCAAGUGCUGCGACAUCUCCAAUGAGGUGCGGCCCAUGGAGGUGGCUGAGCCCUGGGUAGACUGCCUGCUCGAGGAGUACUUCAUGCAGAGUGACAGGGAGAAAGCUGAAGGGCUUCCUGUGGCUCCGUUCAUGGACAGAGAAAAGGUCACCAAGCCAACAGCCCAAAUUGGCUUCAUUAAAUUCGUCCUCAUCCCCAUGUUUGAGACUGUUAUGAAGCUGUUCCCACAGAUUGAGGAGGCGAUGGUUCAACCACUUCGAGAGUCAAGAGACCGGUACGAAGAACUCAAACAGAUUGACGACGCCAUGAACGAGGUGCAGAAAAAGAAAAGUGAAAACUUGACCAUGGGUGGCAAGAAGAAGUAAACGUUUUUUUUUUGUUUGUUUUUUUUUGUUUUUU